CAUAUUUCCUUUAAAAACAUUUGGGGGGGUAUAUAUAUAUAUGUGUGUAUGUAUGUGUGUGUAUAUAUAUACAUACACAUACAUAUAUAUAUAAUGCGUGAGGGUUGUUUGCCUAUUGUGAAAUAUAGCAGCUUAUUACUGUUAAAAGAUUACAGUAAUGUCCCACUAUUUAGUGACAGUAAGCAGCUGCAGUUAUCAGAAUAGCUGUUUAAGUAGUUUUACAGGCUUUUUUUAUGAGACUGCAUUAGGCUCCCUCCCAAAAACAAGACUGUGAAUGUUUAGCUCUUAACUGUUUCUCUGAAAUGUAACUUUUUCUUCACUUUAAUUUUUUAUAUUGAUCUUGCUUCUUUCAAAAAGUUGAAACUGAGGUUUCCCCAAAGUAAACAAAAGUACUUUCGUUCUUGUUCCUGCAGCUCUAAGCAGUGCACCUCCUGUUUCACGAUGCUGUCCCCCCCAACUACACUGUAGCAACACAGCUCUUCUCCAGCGAUACUCCCACACACCCAAAAAAUGACCAAGUCACCUGGUAUGGUGCCACCCAGGCCUUCUGUCCUACACCUGCCAUGUCCCCUGGCAUCCAAGUCUUGUCCAGUGGAUCCACUGCCGUCUCCACUGGAGAAAACUGUGCCUUCUAUAGUGACACAGCUGACCUUUCCAGUGAAAAUGAUUGCGUUGUCGUAACUGUGUCCACCUUGAGUAAUGCUGCAAACUCCAUAGCUGGCAACAGUGGCCAAACCAAUCCCAUCACAAAUACAAUUGUUGGUGCAACUGGCUGUGGUGUGUCCUUGAUCUCUGAGGCACCUGUCAGCAGUCCAUCCAGCACACCCUACAGAAACUAUCUGGACCUGUUUGAAGAAGAAUAUGAUUCUGAUGGUCCUGGUCUGCAGGAAGCUAUUUCAAGGUCUCUGAAUACUGGAACAAGUGAAAGUGAUACAAGGAUAAGUUUACAGGGAAUACUAGAGACUAUUGCUUCAAGAGUAAACAAUGGAGACAUUGUAUGCUUCAAUAUAAUAAGAAAAAAUGUCUGGGAUGGAGCAUCAAGGGCCAUGUGCAGGUCCAAUUUCUCACCAGAAAAGAAGAUGGAUGUCAAGUUCACAGAUGAUUAUGGAAUAUCAGAGGGUGCCGUUGACAAUGGUGGGCCCACCCGAGAGUUUUUCCGGUUGUGCCUAUAUGAAAUCAAGGAUAAAAUUGGCAUCUUUGAAGGCCCACCCAAUGCCAAAGUCCUCACAUGCAACUAUAAAGGUGGUUCUUCUUCUUUUCAUUUACAUUUUUUAAUGUUUUUUUUCUUACUGAAAGUUACUCAACUAGGCAGUUUGAAGUAAGCUAUUAUUUUUCAGAUUGCCACAAUGCAGCACUUAAAUACAAUCGGUUUUCAACUGGAACUACUGGGUUAAACGUCUUACUUAAACCUGUGCAAACUGUUCUAGUGAAAAGAGUAAAACGUUACAAAUUUUGGGCUUUUAAAGUAUAGUCAUUCUGGAAUGGAUGUGAAACCUAUCAAAACAUUUUUAUGACUAAUCUUUCAUGUGAAUACCCCCCCAAUCCACAGCAAUGAAAGAAAAUAGAUACUUCCAUGCUGGCCAAAUCAUGGCAAUGUCAAUUGGCCAUGGGGGACAGAGUCCAUGUUUCCUGUCUGAUGUCUUAUAUGAGUGUCUUCAAAAAGACCCAGACAGUGUGGCUGUAACCACUGAAUGUAUUACUGAUGUGGAAACAAGGUCCCAGGUGCAGUCGGUAAGGAAUUUUAAAUGAUUGCACUGAGGCACAAAUCAGUAAUUGAUUGUGUCAUUUGCAUGUAGUUAGGCUGUAUUUUUAAUCUUCUUUCCUGUUUUAAUAUUUACAGAUCUUAGAGGCUCAAACACAAUCAGAGUUGCAAAAUGCAGUGUGUCAGGCAGCCAGUUUAAUCAGUCUUGCUGGUCAUAAUGUCCGUAUAACACUUGACAACAAACAAGAGACUGCCUUGGACUUGGCUCAGUGGUAUGUCCUCCAACGGACCCAUGCAUCCUUUGAAAGGUAUGACUAUGAUGGAAAACAUGCAUUUGUGGACCGAAAUUUACAUAAGCAUUAGCUGGAGAAAUUUUACAGUUUUCCCAAAACUGAAACUAUUCCAUUUUAUCAAAUAUGUUUGUUUCAACUCACUUGGUGAGAUUUUCAGUGGGUUACAUACAUAAACUGAGAUGACUGCCACUUUAAACAGCACUGAGUAUACCAGCAUAAUGGAAUUGUUAAAUCUUCUGAAUGACUUGCAGAAUGAGUUUAUUAGGGGAACUUUGGCUGUAUUUAAGUGCCACUCUGGAGAACCAGUGCCUCAUUGUGUUUCAGUGGGGGGGAAUCUAAAGGUGUGUAGGAUUUAGUGUCAUCCAGUGGUGAAGAUGCACAUUGUAACAAACUGAAAACAACUUGCAUAUCUUCCCCUUUUCAAGCAGUGGCUAUCAGAUUUGAUCAUGCUCCCAAGUGAAUCAUUUUAGUUUUUCAGAAAUGAUAUAUUUACAGUGUUUCCCAGAUGCUUUUUGAAACUUGUUUGCUGGUGCUGUGACAUAUUUCAAAGUAAAUAUUUAAAAAAAUACUGCAUUACCCCGUGUUACAAGUUAUUCCUGUAUACUGAUCUGAACGUGGUACGGUCUCACUCCAGAGCAGAAGGUGGUGGUAAUGCCCCAUUAAGAUAGACGCCAGCUGCGGUAGAACAAAAAGAUCUGAAUGAGAGUAUUCGCUAGUGCUCCAUGUUGCUGCAGCCACGACAUGACCAAGCUGCCUUGUUCCCUGGAUGGAAACCACCCAGGCAGGCAACCAGUCCAUCUCCAUAUCAUUAAAAUAACAUCAAUCUACUGUAGCCAGGCGAAAAAGGGGCAUCCCCUUAGUUCUCUGCAUGACUUCACCCAUAGAGUCAUUUUGAAGACCUAAAUUUUCUGCUCUGGGAACCUUACUCAGCAUUUGCAUAAAACAUGUAUUUUGGUGCUGCCUAGCAGAUGGCAUAGUGACCACUUGUCGCUGUAAAAUACCCAGAUUGAAAAUGAUUAAUAGCUGGUUGCUUUUCUUCCAGCUCUUAUAUCUAAUGUGACCAAGGAGCUAAAGGUAGAUUUCACAGUUCUGUCUUGCACUGCAUCAGUUGGGCAGUACAGUCUCAUUUGAGGGCGGGUGGUAAAGUAUUAAAAUAUGACACAGUAGUCGUACAUCUGGGGACAGCCCUCAUAUGUCCCCAUCAGAAACGUGGCACUUCCUGAGUUUUUGGGCACAUUACAUGCAAACAAAGUGAAAAUGGAAAGAAUGAUGAUGCAGUGGAAAUCAGACGUGUUGCGGUUUGUUUGUGACCCGGAGCUCAAACAUGUCGAGGCGGUUGUUCGGGUGACAGACGACAGCUACUCUGUCAAGGUGUAUAGGCUAAAACCUACCAACACAAGCUCUUCAAUUUGUCUAGUC